AGUAAUUCCGCAAUGCGACAUUGUCGCAAUUUUUAAAUUUUAAUAAUAAGUCUAACAUUUAAAUAUUAAAUAUCAGCAGAUAAAUAUUUACCGUUUCUUUACCGAUGAUACAUGUUUAAACCUGGUUGAAGUUUUUUCUUUAUCAAGACAGACAUUAAAUUGUGGAUAAAAGGAUUCGUUUGGUUUAAACUUAAUUGAAAUAUCAAAGAAAAAUGGAAACACAACUUUCAGAAGAGCAGAUUGCAGAGUUUAAGGAAGCGUUCAGUCUGUUCGACAAAGAUGGUAAUGGAACAAUAACAUCAACAGAACUCGGUACCGUGAUGAGAUCACUUGGGUCAAAUCCAACAGAGGCUGAUCUACAAGAUAUGAUCAAUGAAGUUGACGCAGACGGAAGUGGAACCAUUGAUUUUCCAGAAUUUUUGACAAUGAUGAUGCGUCACAUGCGUGACAAUGACACAGAUGAAGACUUAAAAGCUGCUUUUGCCGUAUUUGAUAAAGAUGGCUCCGGAAAAAUAAGUGCCGGAGAAUUACGUCACGUGAUGACAAAUCUCGGAGAAAAACUCACUGACGAAGAAGUCGACGAGAUGAUGCGAGAAGCGGAUAUAAACAACGAUGGAGAAAUAGACUAUAAAGAAUUUGUUGAAAUGAUGAUGCCCGGUAAAUUGACUAACUUUGGGGCGCGUUUCUGUUUAAAGAUGUAUGAAGUUGGGCACGGCGACUUACAUCUGUCCGAGGAACAAGUUGAAGACUUUCGAGAAGCGUUUGGUCUGUUUGAUCGUGAAGGUCUUGGUAGUAUUACAGUGGACGAUUUGAAGUCUGUGCUACGAUCACUAGGCAAGAAUCCUUCAGAUGAUGAACUUAGGGACAUGAUUCGUGAAGUCGAUGACGACGAGAGUGGAACAAUCGAGUUUCCCGAGUUCUUGACAAUGAUGGUAAGGAAAGUAAAAGCCCCGGAAACACAGAAAGAACUGAUUGAUGCAUUCAGGGUGUUUGACUAUGACAAUAAUGGGUUUGUGAGCACCCUUCAGUUGCGGCACGUGCUCACGAGUCUUGGAGAAAAACUGAACACACCAGAAGUUGAGGAGCUUGUAAGACAAGGAGACAAACUUGGAAGAGGACAGAUAAACUACGUUGAAUUCGUUAAAAAGAUGUCAAAAUGAAGCUGGUCGAAUAGAAAUAAGACAUACAAGAGUGGAAAGUUUUUAAUCAACGCUGACUGGCGUAUACAUAUGAUAAUUAAAUAAAUAUAAUGUGAAAUGAGAAUAAUUCUAAGUUGACAAGAAAUCAAAUUAAUAAAAUGCGGACUCCUAAGGAUUUCAGAGGACAAAAGCUAUGAAAAAAAAACAUAAAUCAUUUUAGCAAAGACUACAAUGUCAGACUACAGGGCACAUAUGUCUUCUAUCCACGAAGUUAGCUGAAUGGGAAAAAAAUGCGCCGAGUUGGAAAAUUCCUAAAUUUACUAACACAUGUUCAGAAAUUAAAGAAACAGAACUUCAUAACUUGUUAACAUUUCGAUGUGCAAAUUACAACAAUGUUGUCUUUCAUGUUAAAACAGUUUUAUCUAUUUUCACUUGUACUCUGGCUGAGAAAAAAAACGUGGGUCAUAUCAUAAUGAAAGUUAUAACAGA